AUGCCCCAAGUGAAGCCCAAAAUCAGACUCCUCCAGAAACCAGGUCCAGGCUCCUCAGUUCGUCUGACCUGCCUGGCCACUGGCUUCUAUCCCCAUCACAUCAACCUGACCCUGCUCAGAGACGGCCAGCCUGUGGCUGACCACCAGAUCAGUGGGGGGGAUCUGCUACCUAAUGGAGAUGAGACGUAUCAGAUGAGGAAGAGCCUGGAGGUCAGCACAGAGGAGCUAAGAGAGAAACACCUCUACACCUGCACUGCUGAGUAUCUGAGUCUGGACAACAAACUUGACAUCAUAAUAGGGUCGCACUCUGUAUGGAUGAUGGCAACUUACAUCAGGGGGAAGACACCCUUCCCAGAAUUCACAGGAUAUCUCACAUUGGAUGAUAUCGUAGUUCUGCACUUUGACUCAGAAGAGGCUAAAAUAUUGCACAUAGACACCCAUGAGGCCUCAGACACAAAGUUCACUGCCGAAGAGCUCAGUUAUUUCAGAACGUAUGUAGGAUAUAUACAUGGAAGACUUAAAAACAGAGCAUCUUAUUUGAAAAAACACUUCAACGACACUAAAGAUAUCUCUGUAUUUCAGAGAGCUGCUGGAUGUGAACUGCUGGAGAAUGAUAAACCAGGACCAAUGUUCAACAAGGAUGCUUAUAAUGGAGAAAUUGUAGAAGUAGAGUAUUAUGAUGCAGACAAAGAUUCUCUUCACACUGAUCGCAGGUUGCCAGACAUGAACAGUUUCAUAUGGAAUCAUUUAUCUCCUUCGCGAUAUGGAUUGAUUUAUCAUCCCAACUGCAUACAAUUUCUAAGAAACCGUCUUGAAACAGAAAGGGGGCGUGUGCUAAAGAAAGUAAAACCCAGACUCAGACUCCUUCAGAAGACACUAGAGGACUCUGGAGGGGUCAGAGUGACCUGCCUGGCCACUGGCUUCUACCCCCGUCACAUCAACCUGACCCUGCUCAGAGACGGCCAGCCUGUGCCUGACCACCAGAUCACUGGGGGGGAGCUGCUACCUAAUGGAGAUGAGACAUACCAGAUGAGGAAGAGCCUGGAGGUCAGCACAGAGGAGCUACAGCAGCAUCACUACACCUGCACAGCUCAACACCUCAGUCUGGAUAACAAACUGGACAUACACCUGGAUGGCAGUCUUGAUCCAGUGUCUGCAGUGCCGUUGUGGCUGGUGAUCAGUAUUGCACUGCUUUUAAUGUUGACUAUCAUUGUUAUGGUAGUUGCUGCCAUCAAAUGGUACAGACGGCAUCCAGGUCAACCGAAUGUGUAUGCUUUGGCACCAACAACACAAAGAGCAGUGCCAGACACCUCACCUGAAGACUAG